AUGGCCGGCAUCCAGGUGCAAGCUAGCGCCCCCAGCGGCCCCGUCGCAAAGCGCCAAAAGACGCAGAGCAAUGGCGAAAAGGGCUCGGCGCCCCUCGUCCGCCAGUCCAAGAUCUUUGCGCCAUUCAGAACAGUUGGCCUUGUAUCCCCCACCAGUGUCCCCUUUGCAUCGCUCCCCCUCGGCAAGACUACCUUCCAGAUCACAACCUCUGUCGGCCGCUCCCUCCAGACCUACGAUCUCAAGCGCGGCCUCAAUCUCGUCUUCAUAACCCGCCCGCAGACGCCCGAGGAUAUUUCUGCAACGCUAGCAUGGAAGAAGCUGGUCUUCGCAGCCUGGUCAGGGCCAAAGAGCAAGUCCGAACGCGGCGGGUGGAUCUUCCAGCGCGGAAAGAAGGUGGGCGAGCUGGAGCUGCCCCGUGGCGGCAUUGAGCGCAUCGGGAGGCUGAUAGUCCUCGGAGAAUGGAUUGUGGGAUGCGGCGACACCAGAAUCGAAGUCUGGCGAACCGCCACGCUCGAGCACUAUACCACCCUCCAAGGCGCUUCGUCCAGCCCACUCUCUGGCUGCAUCUGCAACAUGCCCACGUACCUCAACAAAAUCUUUGUGGGACGAAAAGAUGGCUCGGUCGAGAUAUGGAAUAUCAGCACCGGGAAGCUACUGUACACGCUGCUCCCGCCCGCUGCUGACUUUGGUUCUGUGACUGCGCUGCAGCCAACACCCGCUCUGUCGCUCCUCGCCAUCGCAUACCAAUCUGGUCCCGUCACGAUCCACGAUAUACGCGCAGACAAGGAGAUUAUGCGCCUAAACACGGGCGGUUCCCAGAAGCAUCCAGUGACCUCCAUCUCCUUCAGAACCGAUGGACUAGGUGCUGGUGACGAUGGUCGUGAAGACGGUGUCAUGGCAACAGCCAGCAGCGACAGUGGUGACAUUACAUUUUGGGACCUGAACAAGGGCGGUCGCAAGACGGGCACCCUGCGAGGAGCACAUGGCCCGCCUCCAUCUGCAAGUGGUGGCGUUGGGGGUGGUAUCAGCAAGAUUGAAUUUCUCGCUGGUCAGGCAGUAAUCGUAUCGAGUGGCUUGGAUAAUUCAUUGAAGAGCUGGAUCUUUGACGAAACGCCCUUUUCGCCCAUACCGCGCAUUCUUCAUUUCCGUGACGGACAUGCUGCCCCAGUGUCGACUCUCCGCUUCCUCCCUUCAAACUCGGACGGCUCUGAUGACAUUGGCAAAUGGCUCCUCAGCGCGAGCAAAGACCGCAGUCUUUGGGGUUGGAGUUUGCGACGAGAUGGGCAGAGUACUGAGCUCAGCCAGGGUGCUAUCCAGAGCAAGGCAAAGAAGAUGGGGUUACUGCAUGGAAAUGCCGACACAUCGAAACAUCAUGCCAAGUUGGAGGAUCUAAAGGCUCCUGCCAUUACAUGCAUAGCCUGCUCUUUGAACCGCGAUGGCGGCAUGGGCACCAUGCCCGGUGUGGCUGGCAUCUGGAACAACUCGUCAAAGGUCAAGGGACAAGACAAAAAGACCUCGGAAGUCAACAUGACCGGAUGGGAGAGCAUUGUUACUGGGCACGCCGGCGACAAAACCGCACGAACCUGGUUCUGGGGCCGCAAACGAGCAGGAAGGUGGGCGUUUGAUACAGGUGACGGAACCGAAGUCAGGAGUGUUGCAAUCUCAUCCUGCGGUACAUUUGCUUUCAUUGGCUCUGCUGGUGGCUCCAUUGACAUGUACAACUUACAGUCUGGCCAAUUUCGACGAAAGUUCCCCGCUCGCCUUACGCCAGCCGAGGCGAAGAAGUACAGGUUACAGCAACUGCAGGCUGAGGAGGCUCUUGAACUGGGAGAUGAUUCUCCCCGUAAGUUCGUCAAAGGAGAAGGCAAGCACAGAGGAGCCAUCACUGGCCUUGCCGUGGAUGCCCUAAACCGUAUACUUAUCAGUUGUUCGGACGAUGGAAAAGUAAAGUUGUGGGACUUUGCUACAGGCAUCCUGCUCCAUGAGAUUGACUGGUACCCCAUGACGAAGAUUCUUGGGAUGCGCUACCAUCGCAACAGUGACCUGAUUGCAUUGAGCUGUGACGAUGGCUCAAUCCGUGUUGUGGACAUCACGACCAAGAAACUUAUUCGAGAGCUCUGGGCCUCACGAUCCCAGACCGGAUUGCAGAUACUCGACUACACCUUCUCGAGCGACGGGCGGUGGAUUAUCUCUGCAGCUUCAGACUCUACUGUCAGGGUCUGGGACCUGCCAACUGGACAUCUCAUUGACGCAAUGAGGCUUCCCAAGAAGUGCAACACUGUAGCUUUCUCGCCUUCCGGUGAGUUCCUCGCUACCGGUCUAGAUGGCGAGGUCGGCGUGCACAUCUGGACGAACCGGACGCUUUUCACGCAUGUGUCAACGCGUCAAAUAACAGAGGAUGAUAUCGUCUCAGUCAGCGCACCUACAGCGUCUGGCGAAGGCGGCGUCGCUGUCGUGGAAGCCGCUACAGAAGAGCAGAAGGCAGACGAGGAUGAAGACGAGAUUACCGUUCCCAUUAUGGAUCAGCUCAGUGACAAGAUCACGACUCUCAGCUUAGUCCCGAAGUCACGUUGGCAAACGCUGCUGCACCUGGAUGUCAUCCGUGCUCGCAACAAGCCCAAAGAAGCCCCCAAAGCUCCGGAAAAGGCACCCUUCUUCCUGCCGUCUGUAGGUCAGAACCAGAUACAAGGCGUAGACGACAACGCAGCAGCCUCUACCGACCAAGACUCAAAAUCUCGUAUUUCCAGCUCCGCGCUCGCAUCGCGAUCCAGCGCUGCUACUGCCACGGAUCAGUUCAGCCGCCACCUGGCGCAUGCGACCGAGACGGCCGAAUACGCUCCUCUCCUAUCCCAUCUUGCUUCGCUGCCGCCUUCGGCCGCCGACAUUGCAAUCCGCACGCUUGACACGACGGAGCCGUACACGGAGCUACGGACGUUUGUCGAGGCGCUCACAGCUCGACUCCAGGAGCGCCGUGACUACGAGCUUGUGCAGGCGUGGAUGAGCGUCUUCUUGCGCCUUCACGGCGAUAUUGUGGUCAAGGACGCCGAGCUGGUGGGCCAGCUGAAGACGUGGCAGGACGAGGCGAAGAGGGAGAGGGAAAGAGUCGGUGGGCUCGUUGGAUACAGUGUUGGUGUUGUGGGGUGGGUUAGAAGCGCGAGGUAGAAUGGCAUGUAAAGUGUAUACGCUGUAAAUGAGCGAUGACUAUCUACGACUUUAAUCCGUCUCUCAUCGCGUUGCUUCAAC